AGAGAGAGAGAGAGAGAGAGAGGGCGCCGUCAUCUGAUAUCUUAGAAAACGCAUCGUAUUCUCUUCCAUUUUUGCAUCGCAUUCGUCUUUGAAUUGAAUCUCUCUCCGAAACCCUCUUUUGCAGAGAGAGAGAGAGAGAGAGAGAGAGAACGUUCAAUUCGAAGAGAAAUUAACCUUCAAGUAUGAGUUGUUCAUCGCAUGAGGCCAGACACAACUGCGUUCAAGGCGAUUCGGGUCUUGUCCUUACCACAGACCCAAAACCGCGUUUGCGUUGGACCGUCGAACUCCAUGAGCGUUUUGUCGACGCAGUCACCCAACUCGGCGGCCCCGACAAGGCAACUCCAAAGACGAUCAUGAGAGUUAUGGGCGUCAAGGGUCUCACUCUUUACCAUCUUAAGAGCCAUCUUCAGAAAUUCAGGCUCGGAAAGCAGCCGCAUAAAGAAUACAAUGAUCACUCCGCAAAGGAUGGCUCGAGAGCUUCGGCUUUGGGUCUUCAGCGGAACGCUGCUUCGUCCUCCGGCAUGAUGAUGAGGCACGACAUGAACGAGAUGCAAAUGGAAGUGCAGAGAAGGUUGUAUGACCAAUUAGAGGUGCAACGACAUCUUCAACUAAGGAUUGAAGCACAAGGAAAGUACAUGCAAUCAAUAUUGGAGAAAGCUUGCCAAACGCUAGCCGGUGAGACCAUGGCGGCUAGAGGAGAAGUAUACAAGGAAGAUUUGGCAGUUGCUUCACUAAGCUUCCCGCCUUUCCAAGACCUCAACAAAUACGUAGACACCGAUAAAAUCGACCACCAUUAUUACAAUAUUUACUCGGGGAAGAAGAGACCGAACCCUUUUGGAAGCGAUGCCGAAAAGAGCCUAUUGAUGUGGCCGGAAGAUCAUUUCAGGCUUCAUGAUCUCGGAGGCCCUCCGACGUCUUCUUCUUGUCGCCAGCUCGAUGAACAUCAGAUUCAGAUCCAGAUGGCUUCACAUGUUUCUGCAGAUUUGGAUUCUCCAUCAGAUAUAUACGAUGGGACAUCGUGGUUAUCGAUUGACGGAUUGAGUAUUAAGAAGUUUGAAGCAAGUGGUGGAAAAGCACUUGAAAGGCCGUCCGUCUCCUAGAAGAUCACCAUUGAGCCCUAUGAUGAACCCUAACGGUCGAAUGCCACCACAAGUGAUGGGCAACUCAACGUUUGGGUGAAAUAUCAGAAUAAACUACUAUAUAUGGAAAGGUAACGAGAUACGCUAUUCGUUUUUAGGUCGAGUUAAUUCAUGAGAUCGUGAGCAAGAGAUAUAUAUAUAUAUAUAUAUAUAUAUCGUUCAUGAAUUGUUUGGAUUAUAGAGGUAUUGGAACGAGGGGCAAACUCUUGUGCGGUUGAUUUUUUUUUUAGUUUUUGUUCGAGUUGUAACUUUACUCAAUUGUUGUUGUUGUAAUAUUUUUUUAUAAUCAAGAAAUUUAUUGGGUCUU